GCCUUCCCGCAGCGGCCCGGCAGCAUGACAAGGUGAAGGCGGAGCAUGCCCGGCUCAGCCCCGCGCUCACCGCGGUCACCCGAGAACGCGAUUUGGCCGUGAGGGAGAAGCACCCGCUCCGAGCCAAGCUGGAGAACCUAGAACAGGUCCUGAAGCACAUGCGAGAGGCCGCGGAACGGCGGCAGCAGCUGGAAGCGGAGCAUGAGCAGGCCCUGGCUGUCCUCAGCGCCAAGCAGCAGGAAAUCGACCUUCUGCAGAAGUCCAAGGUCCGGGAGCUGGAGGAGAAAUGCCGGACCCAGAGUGAGCAGUUCAGCCUGCUGUCCCGGGACCUGGAGAAGUUCCGGCAGCACGCGGGGAAGAUCGAUCUGCUGCGCAGCAGUGCAGUGGCCCCGCCGGAUGUCCCCUCGGCCCCCAGCAAGCCUUUCCCCCAGUUCAUGAACGGACUAGCCACGUCCAUCAGCAAAGGUCAGGGGAGCGCUGUCGGAAGCGGCUCUGCGAUUGGCGAAUAUAUCCGGCCCCUCCCACUCCCCGGUGACAAGCCGGAGCCUCUGUCCGCCAAGCCCACCUUUCUGUCGAGAUCCGGUAGCCCACGAUGCAGAUUUGAGUCAGACAUGGAGAAUGAGCGGAACUCCAACACCUCAAGGCAGAGAUACUCGGGCAAGGUGCACCUGUGUGUCGCCCGCUACAGCUACAACCCCUUCGACGGGCCGAAUGAAAACCCGGAAGCCGAGCUGCCACUCACGGCGGGGAAAUACCUCUACGUCUACGGGGAUAUGGACGAGGACGGGUUCUACGAAGGAGAGCUCCUGGAUGGACAGAGGGGCUUGGUGCCCUCCAACUUCGUGGAUUUUGUCCAGGACAACGAGUCGCGCGUGGCCGGCACACUGGGGGGCGAACAGGACCAGAACUUCAUCAACCGUUCCGGCGUCGGCUUGGACGGGGAGAACAUUCUGGACCUGCACUCGCCCACCCGCAUGGACUCGGGCGUCACGGACAACGGCGCGGGGACGCUGGACCUGGACGUCGACGACGUCGGAGAAGACAUCGUGCCUUACCCUCGGAGAAUCACCCUCAUCAAACAACUCGCCAAAAGUGUCAUUGUGGGCUGGGAGCCCCCGGCUGUGCCGCCGGGGUGGGGGACCGUGAGCGGCUACAACGUGCUGGUGGACAGGGAGACGCGGGCCAGCCUCGCGCUGGGGAGCAGGACCAAGGCCCUCAUCGAGAAGCUCGACACGGCCGCCCGCACCUACCGCAUCUCCGUGCAGUGCGUCACCAGCAGGGGCAGCUCCGACGAGCUGCGCUGCACGCUGCUGGUGGGCCGGGACGUGGUGGUGGCGCCCUCCCAGCUGCGCGUGGACGACGUCACGCAGGUCUCCGCCCGGCUCUCCUGGCUGCCCACCAACAGCAACUACGGCCACGUCAUCUUCCUCAACGAGGAGGAGUUCGACGUCGUCAGGGCCGCCAGGUACCGCUACCAGCUCUGCAACCUCAGGCCCAACAUGGCCUACAAGGUGCGGGUCCUGGCCAAGCCCCACCAGGUGCCGUGGCAGCUGCCGCUGGAGCAGAGGGAGAAGAAGGAGGCCUUCGUGGAGUUCUCCACGCUGCCCGCAGGCCCUCCAGCCCCCCCACAAGAUGUCACUGUCCAAGCAGGGGCCACCCCGGCCACCGUCCAGGUCUCCUGGAAGCCGCCUGCUCUGACUCCCACCGGCUUGUCCAACGGAGCCAGUGUCACCGGGUACGGCGUGUACGCAAACGGGCAGAGGGUGGCCGAAGUCAUCUUCCCCACGGCGGACAGCGCGGCGGUGGAGCUCGUGCGGCUGCGGAGCCUGGAGGCCAAGGGCGUGACCGUGCGCACCUUCUCCGCGCAGGGCGAGUCGGCGGACUCCGGCGUCGCUGCCAUUCCCCCCGGCCUCCUGGUGUCCCCACCCCCCCACCCGAGGACUGCUCCCGCACCGAAGCCGCUAGCCAGUGCCGGAGCCCCCGAUACCAAAGAUGAACACCUGGGCCCCCACGCCAGGGUGGACGAGUCCUGGGAGCACGGCCGCGCGCCCGCCCCUGCGCACGGGCACACGCUGGAGCCGCCGGGGCUGCCCGGCUCGGGGAGGAGGUCGCCCUCUCCCAGCCGGAUCCUGCCGCAGCCGCAGGGCGCCCCGGUGUCCACCUCUGUCGCCAAGGCCAUGGCCCGGGAAGCCGCGCAGAGAGUGGCCGAGAGCAGCAGGUUAGAGAAAAGGAGCAUGUUCCUAGAAAGGAGCGGCGUGGGGCAGCACGCCCCCUCGGACGAGGAGGACGGCGACGACCCCCCUGACGUCAGAAGGCGAGGGGCGUCUGUGGACGACUUCCUGAGAGGGUCUGAACUCGGCAAGCCGCCCCACUGUUGCCAUGGAGACGAGUACCACACUGAGAGCAGCCGGGGGUCUGACCUCUCCGACAUCAUGGAGGAAGACGAGGAGGAGCUCUACUCCGAGAUGCAGCUGGAAGAGGGGGGGCGGAGGCGGCCCAGCGGCACAUCCCACAACGCCCUCAAGAUCUUAGGAAACCCGGCGUCUGCAGGAUGGGCAGAUAGGGUGGAUCACGUGGGCCGGAGGUUUCCCCGCGGCAGCCCUGGUCCUCAGCGGUCCCGGCCGAUGCCCAUCCCGUCCAUCGACGAGUACUCGGGGCGAGACCACCUCUCCCCAGACUUCUACGAAGAGUCAGAAACCGACCCUGGCGCCGAGGAGCUCCGGGCCCGCAUCUUUGUGGCUCUCUUCGACUAUGACCCGCUCACCAUGUCCCCAAACCCAGACGCCGCCGAGGAGGAGCUUCCCUUCAAAGAAGGACAGAUCAUCAAGGUUUACGGUGAUAAAGAUGCCGACGGGUUCUACCGCGGGGAGACCUGUGCCCGGCUCGGCCUCAUUCCGUGCAACAUGGUCUCCGAGAUCCAGGCAGACGACGAGGAGAUGAUGGAUCAGCUUCUCAGACAAGGCUUCCUCCCUCUGAACACGCCUGUGGAGAAGAUAGAGAGAAGCAGGAGGAGUGGCAGGCAUCACGCGGUGUCGACACGGAGAAUGGUGGCUCUGUACGACUACGACCCGAGAGAAAGCUCGCCCAACGUGGACGUGGAGGCUGAACUUACAUUUUGCACGGGAGAUAUUAUUACUGUUUUUGGUGAAAUUGAUGAAGAUGGAUUUUAUUAUGGGGAGCUGAAUGGGCAGAAAGGCCUUGUACCGUCAAACUUCCUGGAAGAAGUGCCUGCCGACGUGGAGGUCUACCUUUCUGACGCUCCGUCCCACCACUCUCAGGAAGCACCAGCGCGCUCCAAGGCAAAAAGGAAGAAGAGUGUUCAUUUCACACCUUAAUCAGGCAAUGUAGCCUUCACGUAAGUGAGCAACUGAAGUUACCUAUAAAGAUACCAACUUAAGCUACCUUAAAUGGACCAAUGCGGUAGACUUAAGGCUUCACUGUGGGGUUAAAAAAAAGAAAAGAAAUAUGUCUCAAAACAUUAUUGGACCUAAAGUAUUAGGAUAUUACUUGGUCUCAGUUGUAAAGCAACUGAAUUUACAGUGAAACAAAUCAUCUUUAAAAAUAAUUUCCUACUAUUUACAGUAAGAAUAUUUGAAAGGCCAACAUUGGGAACAUAUUUCUUAAGAAGCUAAUUGUUUGUUUACAUAGAGUAUUCCAAUGUCUACUCAUAAUUAAAGCUGCAUAUUGCAUUGUUAGCCACUCUUGGAAAAAGCACAACCUAACAAAUAUGUUUACUAUAGGAAGUUUUACUUAGAAUAAUUUAAGAUCAAGCACAUGAGUAGUGAACAAAGAUGAUCUAGUGUUGGCUCUGAACCCUGUGGCCCUCGCUCCACCUUACGAGAGCACUGUGCUGCUCCUCAAAGCACAACCGUUCCAAACAUGCAGAAGUUGGUGACAGACCAAUUUGUUGGUAUACCAAUGCAAUACUAAGUUUUAUGAAACAUGCAGCUCAAAUGAUUGCAUUAGACGGAAUAGCUGGUAUCUUCAGGUGUACUUUGGGAUGCUUUCCUAGGUGUUUUCCAUUAGAAUUAGACCUUGAUUUUAAAUCCAAGCAAGCUUGAAGCCCCUUGGCUUAUAUUUGCCUGCUGAAUAAUGAACACUCAUAUUAGCAAGCGGUUUGCUCUGGAGAGGCUAGGGAACUAGAGCAAUGACGGUAUGAUAUAAGCUUAGGCAUGUAUUUAACUGCAAAAAUCAAGUGAGGUAAAGUUGUUAUGCAACAUACAAGAAAAUUCUACCCCUUUGAAGCACUGUUGAUUAAGCACUUACAGUAUAUUGAAAUAUUACCAUGUGUUACACAGUGAGAAAAAUUCACGUUCAAUGAUUUGGAAAUAACAAAAGCAUCCAAAUAAGGGCCUUUAAGCUUUCUUUGAUUGUAAUUAAGGUUCAUUUUAGUUUUUUUUUUCUUUCAACCAGUGUGCCAUCUCCAAUAUUUCUAUAAUAUACUAACCCAAGAAUGCACUUUAACAAUAUCAGGAUUUUAUAUAAUCAAAUAGUUUUCAAAUACAGCAAAAUUCCCUUUAAGAUUACUGAUGGGUACUCGGCCAACUUUACUAUCAACCUAGUUUAAAAUAACUUUUUUCCAACCCUGCUUUUGGUCUUAACUUAUAAAUUAUUACCUUUGUUUUGCCAAAUCAAUGGCCACCCCCUCCCCCAAGACAAACUGAAAACCAAACAUUUAUGGCUAGACGCUCUCUCUCUGACGUGCUUUGGGAGAGGGUGUUCGCUUCUCAUGGCAUACGUUUAAAAUUGAAAGAAGAAAUGAACCACCCCGUUUUUCUUUCCUGGUGGGAAUCGGGGCAGUACGAUGUUACCAAGUGAAUUGCUGUUGUUGGCGCUCACACACUCAAUAAACUGUCACAAUGUACCUACUAGGUUCCUCCUGAGGGUUCAGGGACAGCAAGGAGAGCUCCAUCCCCCACAGUCCAUCUCCAUUCGGGGUCACCUCCGUCAUCUAUGGGUUCUGGUAGUCCUGGGAGAGGCAGGGAAAUGUCCUCGAAAAAGAAAAAGGGGCUGCUUUCCAAAGGCAAGAAACUGCUGAAAAAGCUGGGUGCAGUGAAAUGAUUCAUGUGCUAUGGACAACUUCCAAAUCUAUGUAAUUUUCUUUAAUUCCAAACUAGGGCUUUCAUGACUCAAGUACUUCCCAAAAAAACAAUCUUCUCCCCUGACACCAGUAGAGAAAUGCACUUUUGCACUACCAUCCACUUUAAACCAACCGCGAGAACAAAGAGGGGCUGUUGCUCUCUCUCGGUCACCGCUGACACUCUGCUCUUUGUCCAAGGUCUGAUUGGGAGGUGGGAGGGGAUGUCUUAUUUACAAACAGGGGGGCGAAUAGCUAUUUGUAGCUCACUCCCUACCUGUAAUUCCAGUCUUUGUGCAUUUGUCAUCCACGCGUAAAGGAAUGAUUUUCAACCUUUCUCCCUUUUCAAAAUGCUUGCCUCAUAAUGCAUAACUUUCACUUUAACUCUGGUCUUGAAAUUCCUAGUUUAAUUCGCCUUGAUGUUCUGCCUUAUAAAUGCACAAUGAUUUGUACUGUCUAAUAAAAAAUACAGUGUAUACUUUGUAUGUGUUGUGCAUUCAGUGGUCUUCAUCCUCACUGACACAAUGGCUCGAAACCAAGUUGUACAGGCUGUGCAUUUUAAGACACUGGUUUUAGUCUUUCAAAGCAAGCCAGGCAACACAUAGAAAAUGUUUACCUAAUCAUUCAAAAAAGAGAAAAGGAGAGAAAGUAACUUUGGUAAAGCACCAGUACUCCAACCUACCAGAAAGGUGAUAAUCUUCAUUGCUUUCAGUGUUAUAUUUCGUGGCAUAUGGAUUUCUGUUACUUUCAUUAUUUGUCAAAAUGCCAUAUCCACAUAAUCAACAGUGAACAGCACACACACGUCAAGUAAUCCACAUAGUACAUAAGCCACACCAAAAACAUCCUAAAAUCUGUUCAAAAUGAUUCCAUACCCACCAUCAUUGGCAUUUGAACAAAAGACUUACAAAGUUGCUGGCAGAUGUAUUUGAUGGUUACUAUUUUGUAAUUCUUGUCCACUUGUAAAUUGUUUUUACUCUUUAUACAUACUUUUCAGACUGCCUUUCUUUUGUAAUUUAUGGACGGUUUAUAAAAUGAAUGAUAAAGCUUUCCCCAUUGUGUCUUCAAAAACUAUUAUAAAUUGUAAUAUAAUAUGUGGUAGAUUUAUUAAAAGGAAAUUACUCAAUGUGUGGUUAAACUCUGUGUGGGUGUGUGCAUGUGUACAGUUAGUGUAAACUAUUUUCUAGAAAUAAAAUUUGUUAUUUUAUA